AUGCUAAGACUACUACAUAAAGGAAGUCGUGGAUUUCCUGGAGCGACGGCUGUCAGCUCAGCAUCCGGCUCGCUCAAUUCACUCCGUUUUCAUCAUAGACGACUGGUCAGCUCGUCGUCCAGCCGUAGCAAAUCACUGCUGGCUGAGGCAGUUGCUGCUGCUAGUUCAACAUCUUCUUCGGCACCCUCGACUUUUCAAACCACAGUUACCGACGCUGCUAAACUCGUAGAGCCUGAUACUCCUGUCAAUGACCCCUUCUCCAUUGUAUCAAAAGAAAUGUCGACCUUGGCCAAGAACAUCGGAUCUCUGCUCGGAUCUGGCCACCCUACCCUUAACAAGGUUGCUAUGUACUAUUUCCAAUCAGAAGGCAAGCAUGUUCGUCCACUAAUUGUACUUUUAUUGUCAAAAGCAUUAUCAGAAAUCCCUCUUUCUGAGCGUACUAGAGGAACUAUAGACACCGACGACGUGUCGGCUCAUAGACCCAUGCUGGGUGAGGGCAUUGACGACCCAUUAUCACCUCUGGGAAUACUUCAUGGGAUCAACCCUGAGAUCAUUCUCAAUCCAUUGAGCAGGCCACAAGAUCCACUUCCUGCCGAAUCAAAUGGCAUUCUACCUAAACAAAGACGAUUGGCCGAGAUUGUGGAAAUGAUCCAUACUGCAUCUCUAUUACACGACGAUGUUAUUGACAAUUCGGCUACCAGACGGUCGCAACCGUCUGGAAACAUUGCAUUUGGAAACAAAAUGGCCAUUUUGGCUGGUGACUUUCUUCUUGGCCGAGCAUCUGUAGCUAUUGCCAGAAUUCGCAAUGCUGAAGUCAUUGAAUUGCUGUCCACUACCAUUGCUAAUUUAGUUGAGGGAGAGUUCAUGCAACUGAAAAACACUGCUGUUGACACUACUAUGGAAGCCAACCGAGCCAGUUUCGAGUAUUACAUUCACAAGACAUAUCUCAAGACGGCCAGUCUGAUGUCGAAGUCGUGUCGAGCCGCUGCCGUUCUUUCUGGAGCCAAUGACCAGGUUGUCGAGGCUGCAUACGCUUAUGGUCGUAAUCUUGGACUGUGUUUCCAGAUUGUCGAUGACAUGCUCGACUAUACGAUCCCCGAAUCAGAUCUCGGCAAGCCUGCUGGCGCCGAUUUGAAGCUUGGAUUGGCCACUGCACCUGUAUUAUAUGCCUGGGAGCAGUUUCCCGAGCUUGGAAACAUGAUCCGCCGCAAGUUCGACGAGCCCGGUGACGUCGAACUGGCGCGAAAAUACGUGGCCGAGGCCAACGGUGUUGAGAAAACACGACUGCUGGCCGUCCAGUACGCCGACGAGGCCCUCCGCCAACUCUCAAUCCUGCCCGAGUCCGACUCUCUCGCGGCCCUCAAAAACCUCACCCUCGCCAUCCUGAACCGCAAGAAAUAA